AUGAGUGUCACCAGCAGUAUCUACGACCACGUCGAGGAGAACGGCCGGACGUACCACCGGUUCAAGGAGGGGAAGUACAUGUUGCCGAACGACGAGAAAGAGCAAGAUAGACUGGACUACAAACACCGACUGUACACUCAGGUCACCAACGGCAAGCUCUGUAUAGGGCCCAUAGACCACGAGCGCGUCCAGAACGUGCUGGAGCGCGUUAGGAGGGAUGUGCAUAAUACCAAGAUCCAUGCGUACUCGGAAGGGUGA